AUACCCAUAAAUGGACAACACCAACGCCUUCCCCCACCUCUGUGCCGCCGGCUCCGACGCCUUCCACCGCACCGACGCCGCUGGCUCCACCGCCUACCCCUCCUCGACGCCACUGGUCCUGUUCACGCCUUGAGCCCUCUACUGGACGUCAAGAGAAGUGCUGCCCUGCGAGUUCGAAUCCAGAGGCUCUCCAUGACUUCAUCUGUCUCUGGCUCUUCAAAAUCACCUCGUAAGCCUCCGGUGUCGUACCGGAAAUGGAUGGAUGCAGAUAAUCCUGUUUGUUGCAAGUGCUCAGGUGUUAUGUUGGAGCUGACCUCGUGGACCGAUUCCAACCCAAGCAGAGGAUUCCUUCGUUGCCAAAAGAAGGGUGUAAUCUUUUCCAAUGGGUGAGUCCCCCCCCCUUUCGGACUUUGAUAAAAAACUGAUGUUACAAGUGCAGGAUAAGAUUUAUGCUUUGAGAGAGGCCAACAACGAUCUGAGAGACAGACUUGAUGAAUCGAACGAACGUGUGGUUGUGCAGGAAGCUGAGAUCGCCAGACUGAGAAUGCAGCUAGAGAAGAUCACUAGUGAUCGCCAGACUGAAAAUGAUUUCAGCUGUAGUGUUUGUUGUAAUCUUGUGUUUGCUCACGCGCUUGUUUCAACAUGGGGCUGUGGUCGACAGUAGCAAAUCUUAUGAACUGAUGUAGUUGUUUUGGUCAGCAAUGGAUAGCCAAGCAGUGGUGAACUGAUGUAGGUAUUUUGGUCAGCAGUGGUUAUGAAUUGAUGUAGUUCUUUUGGUCAGCAAUGGAUAGCCAAGCAGUGGUGAACUGGUGUGUGGAAUGAGCUCCACCGGGGCAAGGGUAUUUAUAGAGGGAUUAGGGAUGAAA